AAUGAAUUCGAGCAUAUUUGUGUACUUUACAUUUUCAAGAGCAGCAACUUAAUUAUUUAUAAAAUAGCGGCAAAAUGGUUAAGAAAAUUCUUAUGAUCUGCUUAGGUAAUAUUUGCCGAUCGCCUAUUGCCGAGGGUGUUAUGAUUGAAACAAUCGAGAAUGCCGGUGUCUCUGCAGAUUGGAAAGUUGAUUCAGCAGCCAUAGGUGGUUGGCAUGUUGGCAAUUCUCCUGACCAUCGUGCAUUAAAGAUAAUGCAAAAUCAUAAUAUAAACUAUAAGAAUAAAGCACGCCAAAUUAAAAAGGAUGAUUUUCUACAAUUUGACUACAUUUUCGGAAUGGAUGAAGAGAAUAUGUGCGACCUGCGCAGGCUGGCACCAACGAAUGCGAAGGCAAAAUUAUUAUUGUUGGGAGAUUUUGGUUUGCAGAAAAGCGAUCGUAUAAUCGAGGAUCCUUACUAUCAAAGAGGUGAUGCUGGCUUUGAGAAGGCUUAUCAGCAGUGUGUUGUUGCUUGUGCUGCGUUUUUGAAAGAAGCUACUGCGGGAAAGGUUUGAGGAGAGGGUGGCAAAGCUCGCAUUCCAGAAUUACUUGUUAAAUUAGUAAAAGUAAAAUGUAUAAGAAACAUGUUGUGAAACACAAAAUCAGCUGAUGUACAUAGGUGAUAAAUUAAAAGAGGCACAAAUACAUGAACAAACGUGAAAUAAAAA